AUGCCGACACUCACCCUCUUUGUGUUCUUGGUGUCGACAGCAACAUUAUUACUCACCAAUGGCGACCCUCCGCCUCAGGUCCCUUGUUACUUCAUAUUUGGCGAUUCCUUAAUGGACAACGGCAACAACAACCACCUUCGUACUCAAGCAAAAGUUAACUUUCCACCAUAUGGUAUCGACUUCCCCGACGGCCCUACUGGCCGGUUCUCCAAUGGCCGGAAUAUCGCCGAUGUCAUUGCUCAAUUACUUGGGUUCAAGAGUUUCAUUCCGCCUUUUGCGACUGCAAAAGUUGAAGAAAUCAUAAAUGGCGUAAACUAUGCAUCCGGGGGAGCUGGAAUUCGAGAUGAAACGGGACAACAUAUGGUAGGUCAUUUUUGA